AACAACAUGGUGCCUGAUCGCAUUACUAAAAAUAAAACUAGGCCCAUUUCGUCAGUCAAAAAACAGGUGUCUACCCCGAUCAAACCUACAAUUAAAAUAUUAACAAAGAAAAAAAAUACGUACACAGAAGAAAAAAGUUAUAUUUGUACCAUGUCACAAAAUUCGUUUAUUAGUAAUAAAUACAAUAAAAUUCAGAGAUCAGAUCAUCCGCGAACAUUAUUGAUUCCACGUUCGUCCCAAAGCGAACUUAGAAAACGUUUCAUUGACAGAGCUGAUAAUUUGACAAAAAAAAGCUACCAGACAUUAUUUAAAGAACUAGAAGAGAAACACAAGGGCAUAAUGGUUGAAUUGGAAAAGAGUAAACAAAUGACAGAAUCUCUUCAAGAGCAAUUGAAUAAAGAUAAAGAUGAUAAAGAAAUUCAGACAUGUGGAAUUAGUUUAGAACAAUUAGAAAUUAGCAUAGAUCGAUUAGAAGCGAGUUUAAAAAAUAUGACCUGCGAAAAAUCAUUAUUGGAUUUGGAAUUGAAAAAAACAAAACACGAUUUAAGUGUAAAAAAUGAAGACUUAUUGACCAUGUCUAAACAAAGCUUGGCAUUAAAUUCAAAAAUAGAUAUUUUAAAUAAAAAAGUAGAUGAUUUAGAGAAGACAGACUCUGAAAAAACCAUGAGAAUUGAAAAAUUGUUCAAUGAGAGAAACAAGUUAAAAAAUAAUUUUAUCGAAGUUUCUAGGGAGAAGGAUUUGUUUCAAGAAGAAAUAAUUGUACUUGGAAAUAAAUAUAAAAAAACUAAUCAAAAACUGCUUGAAUUGAGAGCCGAUGUCGGACAAAAGAGAUCCGAAUUUGUGCAACGUUCUUUGCUAUUAAGUGAAAAAUCUGAUUUAAAUAUUAAACAACAAAAACAAAUAAGACUCAAGGAAGAAAUAAUUUUGGAACUCGAAUCGAUAGUCAAACGUCUGACACUUGAAAACCAGGACUAUACCAACAGUAUCAAUCGUUUAAAAAAUGACUGUAUCGAGUUGAAAAAAGUAAUAAAAGAUUGGGAAAUUAGGGCUGGUUGUUGGAUUAAUACGUUUGUUCGAGAAGAAUUUGAAUCAAAAAUCGAGGAUCUUAAAAACGAAAUACAAAGAUUAAAUAUUAAAAACUUACAACUAACAGAAACGUACAACAAACAAAUUUCUGAAAAAUGCGAACAAAUAUCUGAAAAAGAACGAAUUGUCGAGAAGAAACAAUCGACUAUAGAACAAAUGACGGAAAUAAUCAAUUUAAUGAGAAAAACAAAUGUUCAUAAUAGCAAUAACGAUCAAUUUACGGGCACAGAGAUAGAUAGAGCGAUAAGUACGUAA